AUGGCCGCCGUCGCCGGCCCCUCCAACCCGCGCAAAGUCCCUCACGCAAACAAGAAGGACGGGAAGAAACAGCAACAUGCUGUUCGGUCGUCGAAAGUGAAGAAGCUGUCGGAGAAGCAGCAGAUCGAGGCGCUCGAGAAGGCUGCCAUGGAAUUUGAGCCGUCUUCUAGCCUCAAAGCUUUCUCAGAUUUGCCCAUCUCGUCUUUGACCAAGGCUGGACUGAAGAGGAGCCACUUCGUCGACAUGACGGACAUCCAAUCCAAAAGCCUCCCCGUCUCGCUCAAAGGCAAAGACGUCCUCGGCGCCGCGCGCACAGGAAGCGGCAAAACGCUCGCCUUCCUCAUCCCCGUCCUCGAGAUCCUCUACCGCAAGAAAUGGGGCCCCCAGGACGGCCUCGGCGCCCUCGUCAUCUCCCCCACGCGCGAGCUCGCGCUCCAGAUAUUCGAAGUCCUCCGCAAGAUCGGCGGCGCGCACAGUUUUUCUGCGGGGCUUGUCAUCGGAGGGAAGAAUUUGAAGGACGAGAAGGAGAGGCUGUCGAGGAUGAAUAUUCUUAUUGCGACGCCCGGACGGCUGUUGCAGCAUAUGGACCAGACUGUGGGGUUUGAGUGCGAUAAUUUGCAGUUGCUCGUGCUCGACGAGGCGGAUCGCAUACUCGACUUGGGCUUCCAACGCACGCUCACGGCUUUGCUGUCACACUUGCCCAAAUCCCGUCAAACGCUGCUAUUCUCCGCAACCCAAACCCAAUCCAUAUCCGACCUCGCGCGUCUCUCCCUCAACGACCCCGUCCCCAUCUCAGCAGACGUCGAGCCCUCCACCUCGUCCGACCCAUCCGACCCCAAAACCCAGCGCCCCCUCGCGAUCCCCAAAGGCCUCGAGCAGCACUACGUCGUAACGCCGCUCGACAAAAAGCUCGACGUCCUCUGGUCCUUCAUCAAGACGCACCUGCAGUCCAAAACGCUCGUCUUCCUCUCCGCCGCGAAACAGGUCCGCUUCGUCUACGAGGCCUUCCGGCGCAUGCAGCCCGGUAUCCCGCUGCUCCACCUCUACGGCAAGCAGAAGCAGAUGACGCGCUUGCAGACGUUCAAGCGGUUCACGUCGAUGCAGCAUGCCGUGCUUUUUGCGACGGACGUCGCGGCGCGCGGGCUCGAUUUUCCGGCGGUGGAUUGGGUCGUGCAGGUCGAUGCGCCGGAGGACGCGGAGACGUAUGUGCAUAGGGUGGGCAGGACGGCAAGGUACCAGAGCCAUGGGCGCGGGCUGUUGUUGCUUUGUCCGAGCGAGGAGGAGGGGAUGGUUAGGAAGUUGGGCGAGAGGGGGGUCAGCGUUGAGAAGAUUAAGGUUCGGGGGAGUAAGACGCAGAGCAUCGAGAACCAGUUGCAGAAUUUGGCAUUUCAGGAUCCGGAGGUUAAGUACCUCGCGCAGCGCGCGUUCGUCAGCUAUCUGCGGUCGAUACAUCUGCAGAAGGACAAGACUAUCUUCGACGUCACGAAGUUGCCGGCCGAGGCGUACGCCGCUAGUCUGGGUCUACCCGGUGUCCCGAAGAUCAAGUUCUUGAGUCGGGAACAGGCGAGGGUGAAGAAGAACGCGUCGAGGGACGUUGCGAAGCUUCAGGCGACGAAGGAUUCGGAUGAAGAGGAGGAGAGCGAGGAAGUUGACGAGGCGAGUAGUGUCGACGAAGCGGAGAGCGGAGUGGAGGAUGACAGUGACGAGGAGGACGAAGAUGAGGGUAGUGAAGAGGACGAGGACGAGGAUGAUGCCGAGCAGAAGGACGGGAAACCCGCCGUACCCAAUACUGCGACCAGACAAGCAGGCGUGAAAACGAAAUACGACCGCAUGUUCGGCCGCAAGAACCAAAACAUCCUCUCGGAGCACUACACCAAGCUCGUCGACCACGGCGCCUCGGAUUCCGACGACGACUUUAUAACGCUCAAGCGCGCCGACCACGCCUUGCCCGACGAUCCCUCUUUCCCCACCUCCAACCCUUCCACAUCGAACCUCGAGCCAACCCCUGCUACUAAUACAGAGGCCGCCGGCACAUUUGACUCCUCGGAAAACCUCUCCAAACGCAAACUCAAAAUGGCCAAAAGCAAAAAAGCGAUGCUGAAGUUCAAAGGCGCACCCACGCGCCUGGUGUUCGACGACGAGGGGCAGGGGCACGAGAUAUACGAGAUGAAGGACGUCGAGGAGGUGUUCGGUGCUGAUGGUGAGGGUGAUGCUCGCAAGGGUGCGCUGGAGGAGGCGCGGCGGUUCGCGGAGGAGGAGAGGGAGCGGUUGAGGGUGGUUGAUGGGGAGGAUAAGAGGGAGGCGAGGGAGAAGAAGAGGGAGAGGAAGCGGAAGAGGAGGGAGAGGGAACGUGAGGAGGAAGAGGGGUAUGCUGGGCCGACGGUCGGCGCGGGAGACGACGACGACGGGUAUGUGUCGCCUGUAUUCGAUAUACCGGAUGCGUCGGAUGAAGAGGCGGAUGCGCGGCCUACGUUCGACAUGCCGCCUGCGAAGAAGCGGAAGGGCGACAGGCACGAACGGAAGGAGAAGCAGUCAGAGGGCUUCGAUGAGGCGGAAGACCUGGAGGCAUUGGCAUUGCAGAGGUUACGCAGACGAUAG